AAUGAAUGCUAAUUUUGUACUUUUUUAGGAACCAAAGGACAGCUUGAGGUUUUGGUCCUUGUGGCCAGCCGAUAAAAUUUAAAAAGGUUUAUUAGGGUUUUAGCAUUUGGUUUCAGCCUCACAAUCUCCCCGUUCCUCCUCUUCAGUCUCAGGUUCUCCGACGACGAGUACCAUUUGAUGACCGACUACGAGUUGCAGUGGUUCAAUCUCCGAUAGUCGUCUGUGAGAGAAUCAUCGGCAGGUCCAAAGGUUGAAUAUCUUCUACUUCUUCACUGAUUGAUAAAAUUCAUCCCAUGGAAGCUAAAUUCUUUCGGUUUCUCAAGAUUGUUGGAGUGGGUUUCAAGGCUAGAGCAGAAUCCGAGGGUCGUCUCUUGUACCUCAAGCUUGGCUACAGUCAUGAGGUUGAACUGAGUGUGCCCCCUGCAGUUCGCGUGUUCUGUUUCAAACCCAAUGUGAUUUGCUGCACUGGGAUUGACAAAUAUAGGGUGCAUCAGUUUGCUGCUUCUGUAAGGAGCUGUAAGCCCCCUGAAGUUUACAAAGGCAAAGGUAUAAUGUACAUUGAUGAAGUGAUAAAAAAGAAGCAGGGAAAGAAAUCAAAGUGAGAAAACUUGGUUCAUUGUUUGUUUCUUGUGUUUUCUUCUCUUUUCUAAUGCUAGAAAAUGUCUGUUGGAGAGCAUCCUUGUUUGUAAUUUUGUCUCUGGCUGCAAUAAUCAUUUAAAAAGAUUAAGUGGUUGAAGAUGUUCUACUAUAGUUGCAGAAUUUGCUAAAUAGUAGUAAUGAAAAAAGAGCAAAUUGUUCACCUGAUGA